UCACACAGAAGGUAUCGAUCGUCAUCCGCACGUUGCAUCAGUAAAGCUUCGUGCGCAUUUUGCCGUUGGCGUAAAUUAUCGUCCCGUCGUUUUUGUCGUUUUCGAUUUCCGACCACCAAUAUUACAGCUGUCAAUGAAAUUACAGCGACUAGAAGACCAACAACGAUAUAUGUCGCCAGGGAUGAUGGUAUCCUGAUACCGAGAAAUGAGAAGUGA